ACAUCUCUUUACUAAUGCCUAGAAAACAGCCAUUUACAUUGGUGAGCCGCGAUCAGUAUCACAGAAAGUUUCACGAAAAGGAUUAUCCUGAUCAUCUGAUGAACGACAAGGCAGAGGUGUUUUUGUUCUUACAGAGUUUUAUUCUUCGUAAAUGACAGACUUUUAUUUUUCGUAAAUUAAGUGUUCUUCCAUAGUUUUGUGAGAAUGCAGGAGUCGGCGCCGCUGAAUGUGGGUUUCUUCACUAAAUCUUGCGUCGUGCUUGUAUGUCUCGGCGGGGUUCACCUCAUCGUUGCACUGUUUUUCUAUUUAACGGAGUCGCCCACAAAAUUCACGAAUUACCGGAAAAUUCAGUCAGACUCUGAUACAUAUGCUUCUCUGACUCAUAGAGCAGCAGCACUUGUCAUGCAAUAUGACAAUGGAACAGAAGUAGAUGUAAUGUUAAAUAAACUGAUCUAUAAUGGAAGUGUCACGAUUAAAGACGACGAGGAACCAGCAGUACUAGAAUCAUGUCCUGAGACGUCACCACUUUUGGUGGGUCCGAUGCGAGUUGAAUUUUCUGAGCCUGUCAGUUUGGAUAUGGUGCGUAAAGACAAUCCACAGCUGAUGAUGGGCGGCAGGUAUAAACCCAACGAUUGUGUGGCUCUGCAAAAAGUGGCAAUAAUCAUCCCAUUCAGAAACAGAGGUGAACACCUGAAGUACUGGCUCCACUACCUUCACCCCCUCCUACAGAGACAACAGCUCGAUUAUGGGAUUUAUAUCAUACAACAGGAUGGGGAAUGGACAUUCAACAGGGCGAAACUGCUCAAUGUGGGUUAUGUAGAAGCACUAAAAGUGUACGACUAUGACUGUUUCAUCUUUAGUGAUGUAGACAUCAUCCCAAUGGACGACCGUAAUACUUAUAAGUGCUCCAACCAGCCACGCCAUCUCUCUGUGUCCAUGGACAAGUUUGGUUUUAAGUUGCCAUAUAAACAGUAUUUUGGGGGUGUAUCAGCAAUGAGUAAAAAGCAGUUUGAAAAGAUCAACGGUUUUCCCAAUAACUACUGGGGGUGGGGAGGAGAAGACGAUGACAUCUUUAACAGGCUGGUAUUUCGAGGCAUGACAAUAUCAAGGCCGAGUGGAGACAUCGGUAAAUGCAGAAUGAUUCGUCACUCAAGAGACAAGAAAAAUGAGCCAAAUCCACAGAGAUUUAAGAGAAUUGCUCACACACGACAGACAAUGAAAACGGAUGGCGUCAAAUCGCUCAGUUACAAGGUGGUAGAUAUAGAGAAAGACCAGCUCUACACCAAAAUCACAGUGGACAUCGGUAAGCCGUGAAACCUCUAGAGUUCAGAAGAAACAUUUAGCUCGCUGAAACACUUCAGAGAUCGUAAAACUGCACAGACGACUCUGAAUCCGUUCAAACCUAGUGAGCAAUAAAGAAAAGACUUCAUCAUUUUCAUCGAAAGUGGCAUUGUUCUGAAGGACACACUAAGUGAAAGAACAGAUGAAUUGGAAUUUUUAACAUUCCUGAUGGGUGAACUUCUACUCACAUGUAAGUCUUAUAUGCAUGUUAUUCGUCUUUCUCGGACACAACAUCAUUUUUAUAAACCUUUCAUGCAAAGCAGCCAGUAAAGAUCACACCUCAGGGAACAACUGACUACUGUGAAUUCCAGUUUGACAACUAACGCAAACCUGCACAUUUCAAGGGAGCUUUUAAGGGAUGACUGUUCAAUAUGUAAACGUAUUUUGGUAGUAGUCACGCAUCAGUAGUUUGAACUUUGCAUUAGUGUCCAUUUUACUAUGCUAAGUUUUAUGCUAUAUUUUGAAGAAUGUUGUUAAUCAAGCAGUUGAUGGUAGCCAUAGUAUUUUUUUUCAUACUGUCAGUGGCUACCGUCAACAGUUGGGUUACAAACAUUCUUCAAAAUAUCUUCUUUUGUGUUCAAGAGAAGAAAGAAACUAAUACAGGUGUGGAACAACAUGAUGGAGAGUAAAUUAUCACUUUAAUGAACAAAACGUAUUGUUUUAUUACACUGUUUUACAAUAUCAUAUAUGUAACGGACACUUUUGUAAAGUGUUAUUUUUGGUGGAGGUUGACUGUUUUAUUAGGCAAUUAAAUUUUUUUUACACUUGGUCAGUGGGACCCACUAAAUAUUACAUGAUAAUAGUUUGUGAUAGUAUUUAGGGGGAAAAUAGCUAGAGCUAAAUAAAAAACAAACGAUGAACAUUUUUCAGGCUGUUUUUCCUCUUUGCCUCUAUGAAAAAAAACUGAAAAGGCAAACACCUCCAUUGCUGAUGAGAGAGUAUUGGUACUACCAUUCAAAAGUUUAGGGGUGAGAGAAGAAGAUGUUUCUUAUGCUCAAAUGCCUUUAUUUGAAAAAAGCAGAAAUGGUCAUGUUGUGAAAUCUGUGACCCUGGACGACAAAACCACUCUUAAGUAGCACGGGUAUAUUUGUUGCAAUAGCCAAAAAUACAUUGUAUGGGUCAAAAUUAUCGAUUUUUCUUUUAUGCCAAAAAUCAUUAGAAUAUUAAGUAAAGAUUAUGUUUCAUGAAGAUAUUUUGUAAAUUUCCUACUGUAAAUUUAUCAAAACUUAAUUUUUGAUUAGCGAUAUGCAUUGCUAAGAACUUCAUCUGGACAAAGUAUAGGCGAUUUUCUCAGUAUUUUAAGUUUCUUUGGACCCUCAGAUUCCAGAUUUUCAAAUAGUUGAAUCUCGACCAAAUAUUGUCCUAUCCUAACAAACCAUACAUCAGUGGAAAGCUUAUUUAUUUUUAUGAAGUAUACAUCUCAAUGUCAAAACAUUUAUCCUUUAGACUGCUUUUGUGGUCCAGGGUCUCAUAUUAUUUUAAUAUAUUUGAACAUGUAAUUUAUUUCUGAAAUGGCAAAACUGAAUUUUUAGAAAUCAUUCUAAUAUGCUGAUUUGGUGCUCAAGAUCAGUGUUAAAAACAGUUGGGUUGCUAGUUUUGUGAAAACCGUUUUUCCUACAAUUCUUUGAUAAAUAUAAAUAUUUAUUUAAAAAAAAAAAUCUUUUACUGUUACAUCUAGGGUCAAUUGAUUUCCAGGGGCAUUUUUUACAUUCGUGAGGACAAUGUUUAUAAUUAUCUGAUUAUUAUAAUCACCAUACUUUGUUGUCUUUAAUGUCAAAUACUUAAAUCUACCCAGUUAUUUUAAUAUUUUAAACUGUAGUUAACAAUAGACUGUUUAAAAUUAUAUCUAAAUUAUAAAAAAGGAGCUCAUAGGGCUGCAAUGUUGUAACAAAUAUCAUCUUUAAUAAUGUAAUAAUGAUUAUUAGUAUCAAUAUAGAAAUGAUUAUUAGUAUCAAUAUAGAAACCAAUAUAAAACUUUCGUUUCGUUUUGGGCACGUCACAUUCUGGCUUCACAGACAAACGUCGGUCCAUGACGUUAGUCUAGUCUAGCACAAGUUAUGCAUAAACUCCUUAUAACCAUUUUUGCCAUAAGCCCUCGUUAAUUUCCGACCCUGGUUACGUCAAUUUAAUGUAUAAAACAAUUAAUUUCUUUAAUGUGAGCGGUUUUGAACGGUAGUGUAAUACAAUAAACAAGAUCAAAAUGAUGGAUUUUUAAUAUUAGCUAAUAAAUGUACACAAUAAGACAACCUUGAACAUUUUAAAAAUCUAAAGAACCUUUUUGACUAUAAAGAACCUUUUCUGCAUUUGAAAGGUUCCGUGGAUGUUCAAGGUUCUUCAUAAAACCACUGAUGCCAUUAAAGAACCUUUAUUUUUAAGAGUGUGUCUUCCAGUGGCCCACAAUGCAAAAUAGUUUUGAUCUCAUGAAAUAAAGUAAACUACUAAUUAAUAGUGUUUGCAACUUAUAGUGUUUGUAAACAUCAGCAUGCUUUUCUCAGAGUGCUGAAAAUAUGAAAUCAGAUUUUUAAUGUUUGCUUGUGUAUGUUUCUUAUCUUUUGCUGGUCUCUGUUGGAACCGGGGCAGUCACUGAACUUGCGGUCAGAGAUGAGGCUACAUUUAAGGAGUAGUUAUGAGUAAAUCUUUUGAAAUACUGGAUUACACAAUCCAGAAAGAGUGCAAUCUAAAAUAGAAAUAGAACAGUUUACUAGUUCACUCUGGUUUAGAACUCCUGUACAUGAAAGUGCAAUUUUGGUUUCUAUGCCAGAGUUUUUUUUUCUUUCUUUUUUGGUUUCCAAAUGAACACAGGAAAUGAAUGAAGCUGAGCAGUCACAGAACCCGAGAUGCUGGCAAAAUAUCAAAAAAAUUGCCUGCAACUCUUGAUCAAAAAUUUCUUGUUUUUAAAUAGGAUGGUUGAAAAAAUAUAUUACAUUAUUUAAUAAUAUAUUUAAAUAAUAUAUUUUUUAUUUAAAAAUGGA